AUGCUUCCGGCAGAAUCUCUGGUCCGAUUAAGGCUGGCAUGCAAGCAGUUGAAAGCUCUAAUCAAAGAGGAUAAAUUUGUCUACGACCACCUUGAUCGCUCCAAGGUAAGAUUCCUAAGAACUGAUCAGACGGAGCAAAUCGUAUAUCCGGAGAGCAAAAUACGUUCAGACUCACUGCUCAUGUUGUGUAUGUGGAGCACGCAGAAAUCAUCAUUCGCCAAGCUCUCCUUUUGGAAUCCCCUAACAAGGAAUAUCAACUUCGUCGAGCCUAGUACCACUCAACGACAGUUCAGGGUCCUUAGCGAGCCUCCUCGACGUGAUUACAAGAUCUUGAAGUUUUCAUCAGUUGAACACAAUGUUGGAGCCGUUGAGAUAUACGAGUUCAACUCGUAG